AUGGGGCGGUUUCCACCUUGUUGCGAUCAUCUUUUUAGCUGCAGUUAGACUAGCCACAAACAAGCGCUUUGAGGAUUUCGUGAGUUUCAGUUGAGAGAGAUCAUUUAAAAUAAAAACAGGUGGGGACAGGGGGAUAGGAAUGGACCUUUUCGUAUAAAGUUAAGAAAAGUCAGGUCAGAUUCUGAUCUAAACAGUCACGUCUGUGUUUACAGUCUGAAGAGAGAGACUCUAAAGAUCAGUCAGAGUUUGAUGACACAACAUUUCCAAUAAUGUUUAACCAGACAGCAUUAGAAGAACAUUUACUAGUAAUAGUCACGCAGAAUUGGAACAAACAUGUCAGCAGGAGAGCUGUGUUUCCAUACUUUUAAGUAAAGUGAUAUCUCAUUUUGUAAUGCUGAUGACUUUUUAAUGCACUGAGGAAAUGGACAGUUGUGAUUGGUCCAACAGAGACUCCUUCACAGCCAGAGACACCAGCCAGCUGAUCACCUGGCAGGACGGACGCUGCAGCAGCAGCUUCCUGUCCUCUCUCCCUAAACCAGACUCCCAUCUCAGCGUGGCCACAGGGUUUGGCUGUGCAACCAUCUUCUGGUACAUGAAACACAGGCCUGAGUUCCUCGAGGACUUCACAGCUGCAGGUACCAUCCAGGACUACGUGGUGUCCAUGCUGUGUGGUCUGGACGGGUGUGUGAUGACGCCUCAGAACGCAGCCAGCUGGGGAUUCUUCAACACUUCUUCCAACCAGUGGAAUGUAGACAUUCUAAAGGGUGCCGGCUUCCCUCUGACCCUGCUUCCUCAGUGUGUGCCAUCGGGUGUCUUGGCGGGACUGACUCGCUCUGACUGGCAUGGUGUUCCUGCUGGUACGCCAGUAGGGGCCGCCCUGGGAGACUUCCAGUGCGCUGUCUACUCCUGCAUGAGUGCACUUACCGACGCAGUUCUUAACAUAAGCACCUCAGCACAGCUGUCCUUCGCCAUGCCCGCUGACUUCAGCCCUCCAGAUUCUCCUCAGCCCGCCUCCUCCAUCUCCUACUUCCCCUACUUUGACUCCUUGUACCUGGCGGUGGCGGCGUCCCUGAACGGAGGGAACGUGCUGGCGUCUUUUGUGGAGAUGCUCACAGCCUGGAUGAAAGAGCUCAAUGCUGAGCUAACUGAUUCAUGUGUAUACGAGAAGCUGGUCGGCUGCGCCCUGAACCAGGAGAGCAGCGAUCUGAGGGUGAGCCCCACCGUCCUGGGAGAGAGACACAACCCCCACUGCCUCGGUCAGGUCACCAACAUCUCCGCCGAUAACCUCUCCCUUGGCCACGUGACCAGGGCGCUGUGUCGCGGAGUACUGGACAACCUCACCUCCAUGAUGCCAGUCGAGCGUCUGCAGCAGGCGGGGGUCAGCAGGAUUGUGGGUAGCGGGAGCGCGCUCACUCGCAACGAGGUGCUGAGGCAGGAAGUGGAGAAGGCCUUUCAUCAGCCGGUGGUGUACAGACAGAACGCAGACUCUGCUGUCGGUGUGGCCAUGGUCCUCUGUGACCGACUCUAAAUGAGACUUAUACGUUUACAUGAUUAACUGAUGAUUUUGCACACCUCUGAGGUCGGUAUCAUAUGGUACCACUUUGAAAGAAGGAAGAAUUAAGCAAACUGAAAUGCUGCAUAUUGUAAUCUGUGAUCUAAAAACAAAAGCUACAGUAUAUUUGCCAGGAUAGGGAUCAAAAACCUUGUGUGACUCAUAAUGUGCCAUGAGGUUGUGAAACUUUUUGGACCAAAUGAUAGAAUCUAUGACAUGUUUAACAUUUUAGUCAAACCUAGCAGCUGAGUGCAGCCACAUUUAAAUUCACUGUCCCUGAAGAGCAAUACAUUGACCAUCUGUGGGUCGCAGUUGUGUUUGGUAGUGUUUCCCCCCCCCCCCCCGCAAAAAUCACUAUGGCAUCAAGGCACUGUUACUUUAUGGCAUGUGAUGCUUGAAAAAAAUCCACUGAAUGGUUGAUUUCUCGACUGACGGGAACCAUGUGAGGGCAAAUACAACAUCAACACAAUAUGCUGUGAAAGACUUGGGUCAAACGUCUGCUUUGUUCUUCACUGUUAGGCCUUCAACAUGUUACACACAAGAAUCUAGAUCAAUGUCCAUAUAUCUCCAUUCAAAAAUCUGUUUGUGCUUCUUCCCUUUCGCAACAGCUUACACGAGAAUGAAAGCUCCUACUGAUAGGGUAAAUAACCUGAAGCCCACUAAGGGGGUCCUGCACCCCUCAUCUUACUACCACGCAGCUUUACAGUUGUUGGUGUCUGCACUUGAUGUGCAGAGAGCAAAAUGUUUAUGCUCAUUCCCUGUGUGCUGCUAAAAGACAUUAAACAAAGCCCAUGAAUCAUUUCAGCAUCCAACAAUAAGGGAAAUGUGUCUUCCUCAGGUAUGUCAGUCUUCCUCCCCCUCCCACAUCCUUCCAUUUCGUGGUUUCUGUGUCAGGUUUCUUGACCCGCUCAUCUUUAAGGUCAUCCCGACUAUCUGAGGUUGCCGAAGAGAUUUCAUCUAUUGAUCGAUGCAGACUGAGCCUUUGUGUACACGGGUCUGUAUGAGAGAGCAGUAAUGAGAUACCUUACAGGCUGACAUCAUUAGUACAGGCCAGUCAGUCGGAAAAACUUCACAACCCUGACAUAAACAUUACAUAUGAGAUGUGAGAA